AUGGUCAAACAGGUUGCUAGAAAAAUUCGCGAAGAAAAAAUUAAACUUUCCGAAGAAAAUGUUAAACUUCAGGAAGAACUUAGAGUUGUUCAAGACCAAUUGGUAAAGACUCGGGAUUCUGUUGCUGCUGCCGCUGCAGGCUCUUCAAAUGCCGAAGCUGUUUCAGCUAUACAAGCUGAGAGGAAGGAAUAUCAGACAAAAAUUGAGGAAUUGACUAAGAAAAUUGAGACGUCAACUCAACAAAUUAAGGAAUUAGAAGCUCAAAGAGACGAAUUAUUAAUAAAAAUUGAGAAUCAACAAAGGGAUAUUGAAGACGCAGCAGAGAAGGUUAUGCGAAUUGAAAUGGUUGAAAAAGCUUACAAAAACAGUCAAGAGAAGAUUCGACAAUUGGGAAGUGAAAUUAAACAGUUGAAGGAAGAAAAUGAACAAUUGAGUAAAUUUGGUAAGAAAAGUACUAUAAUACAGACAAACCUCAUUAAGUUGGAGGUUUUUUCAGGCCUCAUUAGACCUUAUUUUUUUUUCAUUACCUCACCUUAUGGGAACUAG